UCUGCGAACAAGAUCCACUUUCAGCUCGAAUGUGUCUGCGGCAGUUCAAAGUUGCAGCAAUCAACUUGGGAAAGUCAAUUGAGCUGAAACCAAUCAGCUGUUCAGUUUUGUCGAAAGGGUCACUACGCUCUUCAAACCGCCGUGUUAAAAUGGAAUUUUCAUUCACAACCGUGCCGACCGACCGGCGCAGAAACGUCGGGGAUACAAGAAGCCAUAGUGCAAUUAAACCUAUCGGAACCUGUUCUACGGUGGCUACUGCACGGAGAAAAGCUGCAGACAGAAAAACCACCACCACCACGUGGGAUGGGGAUGAAAUACACCGCCGCCGCCGACAGCAGACACUACUAUUCAAAGAAAACUGUAACAUACCUGAGGGCCGAUAUAUUCCUUGUAUGGCAGAAUGCAACCUUAAUUGACCUCCCCAGAAUGCGCCACACAGCUUCGUGGUGUAUUUAUACGACCGUUUGAAAGGAUUUUAACGUUAUACCAAAGAAACGAUCUGUACGCGCCGGCCAAAUUCCUCCCCAGCGGUGUCCUCUAGGCUGUUCUGGUCGACAAGAGCACAUACCAUCUCGACAGUUAGCAUUGCAGUUUUGGAAUCAAGAUGAUUGGACAGGCCGUGGCUUUUGCAGUGCUCCUUGCCGCAGCGGUAGCGUCACCCGUGUACGGUCCAAUUUCCUACGGUCCGGCACUCUCCUAUGGAUAUGCCGCUAAAGCUAUCCAACCUCUGCACACAUUGGCAGUGGCCAAACCAGUAAUUGCUGCUGCUCCAAUAUACCACGCACCAGUUGUCGCUCAUGCUCCCAUCAUAAAGCAAGUGGAAGCCUACGAUCCGAACCCACACUACAGCUUCAGCUAUGGCGUAGCGGAUCCUCAUACCGGAGAUUCCAAGCAUGCCGAGGAGACUCUGGAGAAUGGUGUGGUGCACGGAAGCUAUUCGCUAACGGAACCGGAUGGAACCAUUCGCAAGGUUACCUACACCGCCGACAAGCUGCACGGAUUCAAUGCUGUUGUCGAGAAAUCCGACCAUUCUGUCCACGCGGUACCCGCAAUCAAGAAGGUCAUAGCGGCCGCCCCAAUCGCUCACGGUUACUACCACCACUAACUUGAUAAGCUCAAUAAAAAUGUCUUUAAGCCCAAACUGUAUGAUAAUACUCCGUUCAGUGUGUAAGGAUAGCGAAUAAGUAUGUUAAAGGAUAAAGCAAAGUGUCUCCAUUGGAUUGGAGACUGUGAAAAUCGAAUAAAAAUAAAUACAAACAAGAA